UGAAGGAGGGGGAGGGGGCGCGGCCUCCGGGCUGACGCGCGGGCGCCGGGGCGCGGCGCCACCGGGACCCUAGUGGCUCAGGGAGCCGGGCGGCGACGGGCGCCCGGGCGGGUUCCGCGCUGAGCCGCCACCUCGGCCGGCUGGUCCCUGCGGCGGCGGCCCGGGCGGCCCGGGGGCUCGGCCCUUCGCCAUGUACACCUUCGUGGUGCGCGACGAGAACAGCAGCGUCUACGCCGAGGUCUCGCGGCUGCUGCUCGCCACCGGCCACUGGAAGAGGCUGAGGCGCGACAACCCCAGGUUCAACCUGAUGCUGGGCGAGAGGAACCGGCUGCCCUUCGGGAGACUGGGUCACGAGCCUGGGCUGAUGCAGUUGGUGAAUUACUACAGAGGGGCUGACAAACUGUGUCGCAAAGCUUCUUUAGUGAAGCUAAUCAAGACAAGCCCAGACCUGGCUGAAUCCUGCACAUGGUUUCCAGAGUCUUAUGUGAUUUAUCCAACUAAUCUCAAGACCCCAGUUGCUCCAGCACAGAAUGGAAUUCACCCACCGAUCCAUAACUCAAGGACAGAUGAAAGGGAAUUCUUCCUGGCUUCUUAUAACAGAAAGAAAGAAGAUGGAGAGGGCAAUGUUUGGAUUGCAAAGUCAUCAGCGGGUGCCAAAGGUGAAGGCAUCCUCAUCUCCUCGGAGGCUACAGAGCUUCUGGAUUUCAUUGACAACCAGGGUCAGGUGCAUGUGAUCCAGAAAUACCUUGAGCACCCUCUGCUUCUGGAGCCAGGUCACCGCAAGUUUGACAUUCGAAGCUGGGUCUUGGUGGAUCACCAGUAUAAUAUCUACCUCUAUAAGGAGGGUGUGCUUCGGACUGCUUCAGAACCAUAUCAUGUUGAUAAUUUCCAAGACAAAACCUGCCAUUUGACCAAUCACUGCAUUCAAAAGGAGUACUCAAAGAAUUAUGGAAAGUAUGAAGAAGGGAACGAAAUGUUCUUUGAGGAGUUCAAUCAGUACCUAAUAAGUGCUUUGAACAUUACCCUGGAAAGUAGUAUCUUACUACAAAUUAAACAUAUAAUAAGAAGCUGCCUCAUGAGCGUGGAGCCCGCCAUUAGCACCAGGCACCUCCCUUACCAGAGCUUCCAGCUCUUUGGCUUCGACUUCAUGGUGGACGAGGAGCUGAAGGUGUGGCUCAUUGAGGUCAACGGCGCCCCGGCUUGUGCUCAGAAGCUUUAUGCAGAACUCUGCCAGGGCAUCGUGGACAUAGCCAUUUCCAGUGUCUUCCCGCCCCCGGACGUGGAGCCGCAGCACGUCCAGCCAGCGGCAUUCAUCAAGCUGUGACCGCGGGAGGAGCUCAGAGCUGCCUCAGAAGAAGCACGAGCUCCUGCUCCAGGGGAAGGUGGACUGUCAGGGUGGCUCACUACCAAGCCAGGACUGGAGAAAGAGAGGCAACCGGCAAAGCCGCGACAGAAGGGAGAACACCAGAAGAAAAGGCAGCUUCCCCAAAGAGCGGUGGCUCCGGGGUUCCAGGUGGCACUCUCAGCGCUGCUGUUGAGAUGUGAGAACGGGAGCCAGUUGCUCUGAGGGCGGGGAGCCAAAUGCUCUUCUAAGGGGAAAAGACAGGGAUUUGAUUAUUUUAUGUUCUCAUCCUUUAAAAAAAUCCAGUUUUUAUCCUAAGGCAGCAUUGUGAGCAGCGCCUCUCCUCCCUGGGGGUUGAGACUGUUGGACCUUUCGUUGGUGUCUUUCCACCUGCUGCAGCCUUAGUGCCUUAGCUCCAUGCCCAGCUGCAACCCUUCUGUCUGGGACACGGAUUGGAUAUUAUAGCAUCCGGGAGGUUGCCAGUGUGUUCCCUGCCCAUCUCUCUCCGCAGCACCCUGCCCGUGGAAGUCUGGACAAGCAUGCACCAACAGUGCUCGGGUUUCGUGCUGGGCGCCACCUCACAGCGAGCGAAGGGGGCUUUCCUCGUCAUGUUCCUGACGGUGUUUGCUCAGUCACCUGUCAGGGCCGGUGUGGGCUAGGCACCGAAACAGCAAAUGCUGCUCUCGAUCUGCUCUGUGCAUGUUUUAGAAACCAAGCAGCAAGUUUGCCACAAACCCAUAAGCAUCAAAUAAGCAUGAGAGAGAAAAAACAAAACAAAACAAAACAAAACACGAUGUCUUGCUUUACUUAAUAGUUGGGUGUGGUAGGUUUUGGAAAUAUGAUGAUCCUCACUUAUCUUUGUUUUAACCAGAAUUCUACAUGCACUUUUGCGAAGUUCCCUUUGGCUCGCUUUUUUUUGUUGUUUUAACUUCUGUAAAAACCCCUCUAGAGGGUAGGAGA